GCCAGCGGGGUGCCAAGUGCGGCGCGAGUCAGCACAAUGGCGGCUCUCUUGGCCAUUAGGCGGUCGGGGGCUGCACCUGCAGCUACCUGGAGAGGCCCUCUAGUCUCCUGUCGGAGAGGGGCCGGCGCCCUGGCAGACACCGUGUACGAUGUGGUGGUGUCUGGUGGAGGCCUGGUGGGCGCCGCCAUGGCCUGUGCCUUGGGAUAUGAUAUUCACUUUCAUGAUAAGAAAAUCUUGUUGCUAGAAGCAGGUCCUAAGAAAGUAUUGGAGAAAUUGCCAGAAACAUACAGCAAUAGGGUCAGCUCCAUUUCCCCUGGCUCGGCGACCCUUCUUAGUAGUUUUGGUGCCUGGGACCACGUCUGCAACAUGAGAUACAGAGCGUUCCGGCGAAUGCAGGUGUGGGAUGCCUGCUCAGAGGCCCUGAUCAUGUUCGAUAAGGAUGACUUAGAUGACAUGGGCUACAUCGUGGAGAACGACGUCAUCAUGCAUGCCCUCACUAAGCAGCUGGAGGCCGUGUCAGACCGAGUGACUGUUCUCUACAGGAGCAGAGCCGCCAGCUAUACCUGGCCUGACCCUUUGUCCACGGCAGACUCCAGCCCUUGGGUCCAUGUUACCCUAGGUGAUGGCAGCACCCUCCAGACCAAAUUGUUGAUUGGCGCAGAUGGUCACAACUCAGCAGUGCGGGAGGCCGCUGGAAUCCGGCACGUUAGCUGGAACUACGACCAGUCUGCCGUGGUGGCUACUCUGCAUCUGUCAGAGGCCACAGAGAACAAUGUAGCCUGGCAGAGAUUUCUUCCCUCUGGGCCCAUCGCUCUGCUCCCGCUCACAGACACCUUGAGUUCCUUGGUUUGGUCCACAUCCCACGAACACGCAGCAGAGCUGGUCAGCAUGGAUGAGGAGACCUUCGUGGAUGCCAUCAACUCCGCCUUUUGGAGUGAUGCGAACCACACAGACCUCGUUGACUCGGCCAGCACCAUGCUGCAGUACGCUGUUGCCUUUCUGAAGCCCACCAAGGUCUCAGCUCGCCAGCUGCCUCCUAGUGUAGCCAGGGUGGACGCCAAAAGCCGAGUACAGUUUCCACUUGGGUUGGGACAUGCUGCUGAGUACGUCCGGCCUCGGCUGGCACUCAUCGGGGAUGCAGCCCACAGAGUCCAUCCACUUGCAGGACAAGGUGUCAACAUGGGCUUUGGGGAUGUCUCCAGCUUGGUCCAUCACCUCAGUAUUGCUGCCUUCAAUGGGAAAGACUUAGGCUCCAUGAGCCACCUCACAGGCUAUGAGACGGACAGACAGCGGCACAACACCGCUCUGCUAGCUGCCACGGACCUGCUAAAGAGGCUCUAUUCCACCAGUGCCACUCCGCUCGUGCUGCUCAGGACGUGGGGCCUGCAGGCCACAAAUGCAGUAGCGCCACUCAAGGAACAGAUUAUGGCCUUUGCAAGCAGAUGAACGCUCCUCUUCUGGAGAUGAUGUUGAAGAGAAAUGAACGCUUUUCCCAAAAGCAUCACAGAGUUUCAAGAUUUAAUUUAAUAAAUUUACUUUUUAUUAGCA